UAAAAAGAGGAAAAUUCAUCUCUCUGAGGUCUCUCUUUCUGGCUGGUCUCUUAGUCAUAUGUGCCCGAUCCGACCAAUUCAGUUGAGACUCAUCAAAACUCUUUGUAUCGGUCCGGCAAGAUUUAUCGCCGUCGAUGGCCUUUUCACCCGCAGCCGGUGGCCGGAGUUCUCGAGACACAUCCAUAGUCGUUCUGACACUUGAAUCCGGCGAAGUAUAUAUAGUUGCGAGCUUGUCUUCGAGGAACAACACCCAGCUGAUAUACAUCGAUCCCACCACCGGCGCUCUUCGCUACCAUGGGAAGUCCGGCCUUGACCUCUUCAAGUCCGAGUCCCAGGCAAUUGAUUUCAUUACCAACGGAUCGCGAUGGCUUUGCAAGUCCUCCGUCCAAGCUAGAGCCAUUUUAGGAUACGUUGCCUUGGGCGGUUCUGGUUUACUUUUUGUCGCCACCAAACUUUCAGCCAGUGUUCCGAAUUUGCCCGGUGGAGGAACCAUUUUCUCGGUUCUGGAGAGUCAGUGCAUCAAGGUCUCGCUGCAGAAUCCGCAGGUUCAGGGGAAGGGGGAGCUCAAGAACGUACAAGAAUUGGUCGAGCUUGAUAUUGAUGGGAAACACUACUUUUGUGAAUCAAGGGACAUCACGAGACCGUUCCCUAGCCGGAUGCCGCUGGACAAGCCUGACGAAGAGUUCGUUUGGAACAGUUGGUUCUCCAUGGCAUUCAAGAACAUUGGAUUGCCACAUCAUUGCGUUACGCUUCUCCAGGGGUUUGCAGAGUGUCGAAGUUUUGGGAGUUCCGGUCAGAUGGAAGGCAUUGUCGCACUUAUUGCUCGUCGAAGCAGGCUGCAUCCCGGCACUCGAUAUUUGGCCAGGGGAUUGAAUUCGUGCUUCAGCACAGGGAACGAGGUUGAAUGUGAGCAACUGGUAUGGAUACCUAAAAAGCCUGGCCAGAGCACUCCUUUUAACACAUACAUUUGGCGAAGGGGCACUAUUCCAAUUUGGUGGGGUGCAGAGCUGAAGAUCACUGCUGCAGAAGCAGAAAUAUAUGUUUCUGAUUGCGAUCCUUAUAAAGGAAGCGCUCAGUACUAUCAGAGGUUGAGUAAGAGAUAUGAUGCUGGGAAAAUCGAUGUCGUUGGUGGAGGAAAUCGGAACAAAAAAGCUUUAGUUCCUAUAGUUUGCAUAAAUUUGCUUAGGAAUGGAGAAGGAAAAUCAGAAUCUAUUUUAGUUCAGCACUUUGAGGAAUCUGUGAAUUUUGUUAAAUCAACGGGUAAACUUCCAUAUACUAGAAUCCAUUUAAUAAAUUAUGACUGGCAUGCAAGCACAAAGUUAAAGGGCGAACAGCUAACGAUUGAAGGGCUGUGGAGGCUUCUAAAAGGCCCUACUAUAUCAAUAGGUGUUUCUGAAGGGGAUUAUUUACCUUCCCGCUUACAGACCAAGGAUUAUAGAGGUGAAAUCAUACAUAAUGAUGAUUUUGAAGGUGAUUUCUGCAUAAGAUCCCAUCAAAAUGGGGUCAUACGAUUUAACUGUGCCGAUUCUUUGGAUAGGACCAAUGCUGCUAGUUAUUUUGGUGCUCUCCAAGUCUUCAUGGAGCAAUGCAGGCGGCUAAGGAUAUCUUUAGAUAAUGACUGGGGAAUGGGUUAUCGUUCAAUGGAUACACAGAGCGGAUAUACAGCUCCACUGCCACCAGGCUGGGAAAAAAGGAGUGAUGCUGUGACAGGGAAAACAUAUUAUAUUGAUCAUAAUACUAGGACCACAACAUGGACUCAUCCUUGUCCUGAUAAACCUUGGAAAAGAUUUGAUAUGCCAUUUGAAGAAUUCAAGAGAUCAACAAUUUUAUUUCCAGUUUCUCAGCUAGCAGAUUUGUUUUUGUCUGCCGGGGAUAUUCAUGCCACCCUUUAUACUGGUUCCAAAGCUAUGCAUAGCCAAAUCCUUAACAUAUUCAAUGAAGAACCAGGAAAGUUUAAACAAUUUUCUGCAGCACAAAAUAUGAAAAUUACUUUGCAGAGAAGAUAUAAAAAUGCCGUUGUUGACAGCUCUCGACAAAAGCAGCUGGAGAUGUUUCUCGGAAUGAGGCUUUUCAAACAUCUUCCAUCAAUACCUAUUCAGCCUCUUAAUGUACUCUCACGAGCAUCCAGUUUUUUACUUAAACCUGUUACCAACAUCUUUCCAAGUUCUAAUGGUGGAGCUGGUCUUCUGAGUUUUAAGAAGAAAGGAGAGAUUUGGGUUUUUCCGCAGGGUUCAGACGUUGUUGAACUCUUCAUUUACCUAACUGAGCCUUGCCAUGUCUGUCAGCUUCUUCUUACUGUAUCUCAUGGUGCAGAUGAUUCAACUUAUCCUACAACCGUUGAUGUAAGGACUGGCCGUAAUUUAGACGGGCUAAAACUAAUACUUGAGGGUGCUUCCAUUCCUCAGUGUGAAAAUGGGACAAACCUUCUAAUAACCUUACCUGGGCCAAUAAGUGCCGAGGAUAUGGCUAUCACAGGGGCUGGUGCACGCCUCCAUUCCCAAGACGCAUCAACAUUUCCAUUAUUAUAUGAUUUUGAAGAACCAGAGGGUGAACUAGACUUCCUUACUCGUGUUGUUGCUGUUACAUUUUAUCCUGCUGAUUCUGGGAGAAGUUCAAUGACACUUGGUGAGAUAGAGAUCCUUGGAGUUUCUCUUCCUUGGAGGGGAGUGUUUUAUGAUGAAGGACCAGGUGCAAGAUUAGCUCACCUCACUAAAACGAUUCAUAAGGAAAUCAAUCAUUUUUCUUCCGGUUCAGGAACCAACCCAUUUUUGGCCCCUUCAUUAAAUGAAGACCUUUCAGAACCAGUUAAAACGAGUGCUUCUGCAGACCAAUUAAUUGACCUUUUGUCUGGAGAAGUCACAUUUACAGAUACAAUUUCUCAACCAGUUAGCGGAACUGCUGUACAUCAGGGGGACGACUUACUUGAUUUUUUGGACCAGCAUGUUGGAUUUCAUGGUGCUGAAACCGACAUCAAAGUUUCUCCAGCAGAAGAUCCAAAGGUUGCUGAUAGUUGUUCCCAACUGUACAUAAACUGUCUCAUAUCCCUUGUAGGACCUCGCAUGGAAAAGAAGCUCAGCUUCCAAGAAGCCAUGAAACUUGAAAUUGAGCGCCUCCGGCUACAUCUUUCAGCUGCUGAAAGGGAUAGAGCAUUAUUAUCAAUGGGAACUGAUCCUGCUACUAUAAAUCCAAAUCUAUUGCUUGAUGAAAUUUAUAUUGGAAGGUUAUGCAGAUUGGCAAACAAUCUUGCAUUAGUUGGGCACACUUAUCUGGAAGACAAAAUUACUGCUGCUAUCGGUCUUGAUAAAAUCGACAAUCUUGUGGAUUUCUGGAACAUCACAGAACUUGGAGAGAUCUGUUCUGGUGGAACCUGUGAGGUGCGUGCUGAAAUUAAAACACCAGUUCAAUUUCCCUCUAAAGCAUCCUCAGUGGGAACUCCCCAGCCUGUCUUGUUAUGCUCACAAUGCCAGAGAAAGGUUUGUAAAGUAUGCUGUGCUGGGAGAGGGGCUCAACUUCUAACAAGCUACAGCUCAAGGGAAGUCUCAAACAGUGGUUAUUCAAGCCAGGGAGGAUCAGGUCAUGGGUGCCGAAUUGAUGUCUUGAAUGGUUUGGAUGGUGUUGUCUGUAAAAAAUGCUGUCCCAACGUUCUGCUUGAUGCAUUGAUCUUGGACCAUGUAAGGGGAUUAAUUAGUGCACGAAGAAAGGCCCGUGCAGACGAUGCUGCAUAUGGAGCUCUGAACCAGGUGAUUGGAUCAUCAGUAAGGGAUUGGAUGUCUGGAAAGAAUCUGCCUGAUGCUGGCCAAGGAGUACAAAAGGUCCUAAGAAAAUUGCUUAAUGGAGAAGAGUCUGUUGCUGAAUUUCCAUUUGCCAGCAUUUUGAACUCGGUGGAAACAGCAGCGGAUUCGGCACCAGUCUUGUCAUUGCUUGCUCCCUUAGAUUCUGGUUCAGUAGGUUCAUAUUGGAAAGCUCCUCCAAAUGCUACUUCGGCUGAAUUUGUUAUUGCUCUUGGUUCCGUUUCUGAUGUUAGUGGGGUCAUCUUGCUUGUGAGCCCUUGUGGGUACUCUGCAGGAGACACUCCAAUUGUACAAAUCUGGGCGAGUAAUUUUAUUCACAGGGAAGAAAGGUCGUAUAUGGGGAAGUGGGAUGUCCAAUCCUUGAAUCCAUCUUCAUUUGAUUUUUCUGGGCCAGAAAAAGAAUACAGCGACGAUAGAGCACCUAGGCAUGUCCGGUUUACCUUUAAAAAUCCUGUUAGAUGCCGCAUCAUUUGGAUGACACUACGCCUUCAACGCCCUGGUUCCAGUUCUUUUAAUUAUGAGACAGAUUUUAACCUCUUGUCUCUAGAUGAAAAUCCUUUUGCACCAGUUAAUCCGCAAGUUAAUCUACGUGCCUCGUUCGGAGGAUCAAGUAAAGCUAUUCCUUGUCUUCAUGCUAGACGAAUUAUUGUAGUUGGAAUCCCAGUGAAAAAAGAGACGGGUCUUGAUUCAUCAUCAGGCUCUGAUCAUAUAUCUAACAGGACCUGGUUGGAGAGAGCCCCUCAAGUAAGGAGAUUCAAGGUUCCAAUUGAAGCCGAAACGGCUGUGGAGAACGAUAUUGUCUUGGAACAGUAUCUAUCUCUAGCGUCACCAAUGAUUGCUGGAUUCCGUCUGGAGGCUUUUGGUGCGAUAAAACCUCGAGUUACCCAUUCACCUUCUUCAGAUGCACAAAUCUGGGAUGCAUCAGCUACGUUUUUAGAAGAUAGGCACAUCUAUCCUGCUGUAUUGCAUCUACAGGUUUCCGUUGUUCAGGAGCCUAAUACUGUAGUAACUAUAGCUGAGUACCGACUACCGGAAGCGAAGGCUGGAACAGGAUUUUACUUCGAUCUUCCUAGACUUGUCCAAACGAGGAAAAUUAUAUUCAAACUUCUCGGAGACGUUGCAGCGUUUUCUGAUGACCCAGCAGAGCAAGACGAUUCUGGAUUCAGGGUUUUUGCAGCAGGGUUGUCUUUGUCCAAUAGAAUUAAGCUGUAUUACUAUGCAGAUCCUUAUGAACUUGGAAAAUGGGCAAGUCUUUCUGCUAUAUGAUGCUUGGAUGUUGUUGCUCUUACUCCAAGGGGAAAAGAAAAAUGCAAAAAUGGUCUUUGUGAUUCUUUGUGUUAUUUGAUUCCAUUCUUUGUUGUGAUGCCAAAAUCCAACCCAAUAUUCUUUUACGUAUUAAUACCAAAUUAGGAACUUAGAACAAAAAUUCUCUAUGUGAUGUGAAUUGGUCUGUAUUUUUGUGACCAUAUCAAUUGCUCAAGAUUUUGAUCCUUU